CUUCUUGGAAGUGAGAGAAGUCGGCAGGCCCCGCUCGCGCAGCUGGUGACGGGUGAUGCUUCCGGGCCAAGAGCGUGAGGAGCAUGAGAUAAGAUAAUAGGGUUUGGUUGAAGCACCUUUAAUCAACCGGAAGAAGAAGACGUCCACGCGCCCUCACACGGAACCGAGGACGUCGAGUCACACAGUGCAAGAUGUCUUACUCAUCUCGUAGUUCCUCUCGCGCCGCUGACUGUAAGGUCUAUGUCGGUGACCUUGGCAAUGGUGCAGCCAAAGGUGAGCUGGAACGAGCCUUCAGUUACUAUGGACCAUUGCGGAGCGUGUGGGUUGCCCGGAACCCUCCAGGUUUCGCCUUCGUAGAGUAUGAGGAUACCAGGGAUGCAGAGGAUGCCGUAAAGGGGAUGGAUGGAAAGGUGCUUUGUGGAUCCCGCGUGAGAGUUGAGAUGUCUAAUGGUAUGUCCAGAAAGUCUCGUUAUGGCCGUCCCAGUCGCAGACAAUUUGACCCCAACGACCGCUGUUACCAGUGUGGGGAGAGUGGUCAUUAUGCCUACGACUGUUAUCGUUUCAGCAAGCGGCGUAGUCGACGCAGCAGGUCAGCAUCUCGCUCUCGGUCCAGAUCUCGUGGCCGACGCUACCGCUCUCGUAGCCGCAGCAAUGAAAGGAGGUACCGUUCACCUUCAUACUCAAAACGCAGAAGCAGGUCAGGCUCUCCGGCCCGCUCUAGAUCCAGAACCCCUGUGCGGCGUUCACGUUCACCUGUACGCAGGUCGAAAAGCCCUGUCCGAAGGUCCCGAUCCAGAUCGCCUGUCCGUAGAGAUGGUCGCUCCCGUUCACGAUCUGGUUCUAGACAGAGAGAUCGUAGUGUGUCCAGAUCUCGGUCUCGUUCGGUCAGUCACAAGAAAGACAGUCAUUCCAGGUCUGCCAGCCCAAGGAGAAGUCCAACACCGAAUGCUGACUGAUCUGAAUACUGAUGCUUCUCCCCCAUUCCCCACCUUUGCCUCAGGGCUGAAAUACAUUUUAUCUCCAUGAUUUCAAUACUGGUUCUACUGUAGCUACAAAGCUAUUUAUUUUCUUCUCCUUCCCCACGUUAAUGAAAGCUCCUUGUAAAAGCAUCACUAUCAUCUCAUGAUUUUUUUUUUCCCCCUUCCCUUUUACGUAUUCCCUCUUUUUUUUUUUUUU